UUUUCAUUCAAUUUCAAUUCAUUCCAUUUUAUAGCAUUGUCCUAAAAACAUUGCCUCUUAUUUAAAUUGUGUGUAUAAUAUUAUUUUUAAACUUUAGUCACUUUUACCUGUUUCAAAGUGUAAGGAAAAAUCGCACGAUUAUUAAAUAUUUAUUGUGUAAUAUUCCCCUUUAUUGGAAUUUAAAUUCAGUCCUCGCAAAGUUACGGUGAAGUGAAACGUAGUGAGUCAAGUGAAUUGAAUCCGAAUAAGAAAGUAGAUUAACCGCUUUUCUAUCAAAAUGAAUCCCUAUCAGCAAGGUCAAUCGCCAUACCCACGUCAACAAUACCUACACAAUAUUGGAUUUAGCAACACGGCCCCACAAUCUUUCGGGAACCCGAUGCCUAUGCCUGGUUUCCCUACAAUGGGUUAUCCAGCACCGCAGCCUGGCUAUCCUAACGCCCAGGGUUACCCUCAGCCAAAUUCUGGCUAUCCAUCAAGCCAGCCUUAUCCUCAACCUAAUCAGAGUUAUUCACAACCGAAUGCUGCUCAAGGCUAUCCAACUUCAGGAUACCCACAAUCUGCUCAAUCUGGUUACCCUCAACCAGCUCAAUCUGGUUACCCUCAACAAGCUCAAUCUGGUUACCCCCAGCCUGCUCAGUCCAAUUAUCCCCAACCUGGAUAUCCACAACCAAGUGAACGGCACCAAUCCAGCCAAUACCAAGGAUAUCCACCGCAUAGUCAUACACCUGUUCAAAGUCAGCAGUCUUACAGUGUCUCAUCAGGACCUGUGCCCAACGCACCGAAGUCCAAACCCACCGUAGUGCCUGUCAAUCCGUUCGAUCCUCGCGAGGAUGCAGCGGUGCUCCGGAAGGCUAUGAAAGGUUUUGGAACAGACGAGAAAGCCAUCAUCCAAGUUCUUACGAGACGCAGCAAUGAGCAGCGUUUACGAAUCGCUUUCGAGUUCAAGACGCUGUAUGGAAAGGAUCUCAUCUCCGAUUUGAAGAGUGAGACGAGCGGCAAGUUUGAAGAUCUCCUUGUGGCGUUGAUGACUCCACUGCCCCAAUUUUAUGCUAAGGAACUUCAUGACGCUACCUCAGGCAUUGGAACCGAUGAGGACGUACUGAUUGAAGUCAUGUGUACAAUGUCCAAUCAUGAGAUACAGGUCAUCAAACAAGCUUACACGGCUAUGUACGGCAAUUUCUUGGAAGAUGAUCUGCGCGGUGACACAUCGGGAAACUUCAAAAGGUUGAUGACUUCAUUGUGUAUGGGCAACAGAGCUGAGGAUUUCCAUGUGGAUCAGGAAAAGGCAAGGGAAGACGCAAGGAGCUUGCUCCAAGCGGGUGAACUUCGAUUGGGCACCGAUGAGUCAGUAUUCAACGCGGUGCUGUGCUCCCGCUCGUUCCCACAGCUGGCGGCUAUCUUCCAGGAGUACCAGUUCCUCACCGGACACGACAUCGAUGACGCCAUCAAGGCAGAGUUCUCUGGUGACCUUGAAAAGGCACUAAGAGCUAUUGUGAAAGUGGUACGCAACAAACCGCUGUUCUUCGCCGAACGUCUCCACAAGUCGAUGAAAGGUCUCGGCACCAACGACCGGCAGCUCAUUCGCAUCAUGGUCACUCGCUGCGAGGUCGACCUCGGCGACAUCUCGGAUAUGUUCCAGAGCAAAUACGGGGAGACCCUCGCCAGUUGGAUAGAGGGUGACUGCUCCGGCCACUACAAGAAAUGUUUACUUGGAUUGCUAGGUCUCUACUAAUCUUUUUAAUGCUAGCUUUACAUAAAAUAAAUAUAAAUGUUUUGCUGGUAUUUUUACAAAUUAGCUACGGAAAUUAUAUGGCUAUAUUUUAUAUACAUAUGCAAAUGUCUUUUAUGAAUGUUAAGAUGCCUUUGCUAAGAAUUCGAACUUGUAUAUUAAUUUUGAAAAUCUAGACAUUUUAACUACUAAGCUAUAUUUGUGUAAUUUAAGAAAAGUUCAAAUCGUUUCGAUGUACUCACGAAGUCGGUCAAGAUCUUGAAUUUACGGUUCUUAGCAAGGCUUUCUGCUGAAAUUGUUAAGGCCUAAUAUUUUUAGAAAAAGGCGAGGUUUAAUAUACUUUGCCAAUUUUUUUUUAUGCUAUUGUAAGCUAAGCCGUCCCACUGAUCUGAUUUUGCAUAGAGAUUAUCUGAAUCUAUUAUGUAUGCCAAAUAACAAGUCUUAUAUUUGUAAACAAUAUGAAAUACAUUAUUAUAAACUUAAAAUGUUUAAAUGCCAACAAAAUUUGUUUAAUGUUAAAAAUGAAUGAGUAUCAAAAAUUGUUUGAGACACUGUAUUCAGAAGGAAAGUCCAUUUGAUUGGAAAGGAAAAGUUAGUUACACUUAGCGCAUGUUUCGCGUUGCAUAUAAAAAGAAUCAAUUGGAUUCGAAAUUAUCUUUUGUCGAUUAAAAGACCUAACUUUGAUAUACGAUAUUAUAUUGAAAAACUAUUUAAAUCGAUGAUAACUAGUGUAAUACAUUUUUUGUCAUCAAUACUACUAAUGUCUGGUCAAAGUGAAUAUAGUCACAAAUAUAGCAUGAGUUCAUAUUUCAAAAAAUCUAUUUCAACACAAUACUGUAUUUUAUUACAUAUAAUUAAGGUUUAAAUUACAUUAAAAUUAUUAAAGUUUUCAAAUAUAUUUUCUUUUUAAGAAUUCUAAUAUCAUCUAUGCCAGUCUGAUGAAGAUAUUGGAUUUGUUUGAGUUUGUGUUCUAGUAGUAUUGAUGAUCGAAAAAUAUAUUUUACUGUUUAAAUUAAAAAAGACGAUAUGCAGAUUAUUAUACAAAAUAAACUUAGUCACGGACUAAGACCACAAAUUAUGCAAGUACCCCAAUUCCCCAAAACCCCAAUUUCUUAAUAUUAUUGAAAGUAAUUAAGACUACUAUCUUGUGCCCUUAAUAAUAAUGUGCCUACAUUAAAAUGUGGUAACGAAUCAAAUAAAAACGUAGUAUAAAUACUAUGAUACUAUUUAAAUCAAGGAUUUUAAGAUGUUAUUAGAGAUGCCUUUAUAUAUUUAAUGAAUUAACACAAUUCCAAAGGUGCAUGGUAUACCUAGAGCAAUUAAGUCCACCUACUGCAUCAUAAUUAAAUUUUUGUUAAAUAUAGCCAAUCAAAAAUAAAUAGAAUCGAAAUAAUUUUAAAUACUCAAGAUUAUAAUAGCUAUUCAACUUGUAGGUAUUAUGACAAUUGGUUUAUCCUAAUAAUUAUUUUAGAUGUUAACUAUUUCAGAUCUAUUUGACUCACAUGUCUUUCACAAGGAUCAUUUAUAUCUUUUUUUUUAUUAAAUAAGUUUUUAAUAAAUAAUAAUCUUAUGAUAAUUAUUUGUUAUUAAUCACCAAAACCGGUUAAUAUAAAAACCUAUUUUUGUUCUAUUCUAGUUAAACAGUAUAAGACGUUUUCAAAGUUUGUUUCUCAAUAUGUUCACCGAUUAUAUUAUUAGGCUGGUUAUAUACGGUUUUAUUAUUAGCGUUUUUAGUAAUUGUUAAUUCAAUAAGCAUAUGAGUGUGUUAUUGUUACUGAAUCACUUUUUUUUCGAUUAAACCAGUAUAAAUUAUAGUUAUUAUUGAUUAUAAACAAGUCUCAAAUAUUGGUAAAAUAACUUUAAGACGGGUAUAUUUAUUGUUUUAACCUAAAACUAUCACUACUUUUAAUUUAAUAGUUUCCUCUUGUCGGUGCAACUAAUUCAUGAAACUUCUUCCAGCCAACUCUAUUCCCAGGCCAUCUCAUUGACCUCUACACCUAGGAACUAUCUCAAUAUUAUCAUUUUUAAAUUGUCCAUGGUAUCUAGCAUUUACAUAUUUCAUGUCAUUAUAAAAUAUGCAUUUAAUUUAGUAAGUCUACAAUGUACAUUAUACAAUUAUAUUAAACUCUCAUGUAUUAUUUUUAGUCUGACCCGGUUCCUGUUAAUGUUUUAUUAUUUCUCAUAUGCCCACCAAUCUUUUAUGACAGAAGUAUAUUUUAAUUUUUUUAAUAUUUAACACAUAUUUUUGUUUAAUAUUCUCAAAAAAAAAAUUUAUAGAAAUUUUUAUUCUCAACUUGUUAUAUUUAUAAAUUAAAACUCCGCUAAGUUCUCAGGAGCUUCUACAGACAAAAUAUAUUUCUUCACGUAUUUUUACAACGUUAAUACAAAUACAAUUACAUUGAAUAGCGUGUUUGAAGAAUUUUGUCCUCAACGUUCAAAAGAAUCCCAUCCAAAGUUCCAUCCCAACUAUUUGGGUGAGUGACGUUUUUCAAGGCACUUUCUUCCUCACACAACAACUCUUUGGAAUCUACUUCCAGCAGCAGUAUUUCUGAAUGGAUACGAUAUCAUAACCUUCAAGAAAAGAGCAUAUUCCUUUUUUAAAAGGCUAGCAGCACGCCUGUGAUGCCUCUGGUAUUACGAGUGCUCAUAGGCGGCGGUAGUCACUUACCAUUAGGUGAGCCGCAUGCUCGUUUGCCUCCUGUUAUAAAAAGAAACCUGUACUGUCGUUAAAGCUACAUUAAAAAUUGUUUUAAUAAUAAUUAUUAAAAACAAUGUGAUUCUAAUAGGUAUAUGUAAUAUUACCGCUGCUGCUAUAUGAAAAUAUUAGGUUAGGAUGAAAAAUUAACAAUUUAUUAAAUAUAAAACAAAAAAUGUUAAAACGAACUAAACUAUUUUUAAUAGAUUGGUGCGGGUAGUAAAAUAUUUAAGAAUACCUAUACUACUUAUCCUGAAAUUGGUAUUUUAAAUACAAAUGCUUUGGAAAGAAGAAAGUGUAUUGUUAUAAAUCUAAAAAACAUUUUGCUAAGAUCUAUGGACCCAUUAUAAAUGUUUUAGUUAUUAGAUAAGUAAUUAUUUAUUAAGUUUUUUUUUUUUUUUUUUUAAUUCUUCGAUUACACAAUUCCAUUUUGAAUACCAACAGUUUUAAGUAUGUAGCUAUGUAUCUAACACAUGGCUAUGUAUGACUCGAUACUAGAAUAAUAUAAAUGGUAUAUGUCAGUUAGUAUUAAAUACUUCGUUCUGUUCCUUAUUUUUAAUUAAUAAUUUGUUUUAUUAUGAUUAAAUAAUUUUCAUAAAAGUUUUUCUACUUAUUAACAUUUUAUUGAGAAAACUCUGUGCUUGGAUACAAGAUAAAUGUUAUUUCAUUUUGUAUGUAGGUAUAACUAUACUUAAAAAUAUUGUUGUAUUAAUGUAAUUGUAAUAUUGAUUUUCUUACAAUGUUUAUAUAAGAAUAAUAAAAUAAUUAUUAAAUUAAU